AUGGAGUUGCAUAUUUUCGACUUCGACGGGACCAUAUUCAACUCUCCAACGCCCUCCGCCCGUUUGAAAACCACGCAGGGAUCGAGGGUAUAUGGGCAACUGAUGCGGCCGCUCCAGGACAACGGUUUGGGUUGGUUUCAGAGUCUCAGUACGCUGUCACCACCUGCGGUGCCGGAGAAGCCAGAGGAAGAGAAGUGGUACAUCGCCCCUGUCCUCGCGCGGAUUCGUCAGCUGAAUGAGCGCCGCAGGGAUGACAAGCUUCGUGGUGAUCCCGAAUCGGUGCAGGUGUACGUCUUAACGGGUCGUGACGAAAAGUACCGCAGGCGGAUUACGGCGCUGCUGGACAAUGUGGGGCUGUUGGGGAUUAUGAACGGCGUGUUUCUGAAACCAAGUGAGACUUAUGGCACCGUGAAGUACAAAUUGGAGACAAUGUACACGCUUUUGGCGAAGCACCAACCAACACAGGCUUUCUACUACGAGGAUCGUAUGGAGCAGGGCCAAAAACUGCUUGGGGGUAUCCGUCGGCUUUCCGAUGUGGUUAAUAAAAAAUCAUCGGGUACUGGUUUUGUUUCUACGCUGAUGCUGCACCCCGAUGGGAGUCUGUGCCGUCUUGAGCCGGACCCUCUCAAUUCCGAUGAGGCAAAUAUAGAAAACUGCAACGCUGCCAAGCGUUGGUGGAACGACGUUUGUCGUCGCAUCGACCCCUAUCCCUUGUCAAGUGUCAAUCCCUUUUGGUUUACACUCGUCUUUCUCGAUCCUGAGCUUCCUUCUUGCAGUGAUCGCAUGCUUACGGCGAAGGAAGAGGACUUACUUGUGAGUGAAUUGCGGUACGAAGGGGAGGCAUACAGGGCAGCAAAUCCCACAAAGGCACGGUCCACCUCUGAUGGCCCGAGGGGCUUGCGGAAGAGAAGCUAA